UCACUCGGUCCGCACCCGUCCGCCGCCAUGGAGCUGGCCGUGCCGCUCUGCCUGCUGCUGCUGGCCGUCGCCGCGCAGCCGCAGUCCUCAGGCUAUCGCGGUCACUUCUUUUCACGCUGGAUGCGCCCCAACCGCAACGUCAAUCAUCUGGGGAUCAUCCGGCGCACCCGGGUCAAUAACGUGCCCGGCUUCCGCACCAGCUACCUGCGCCAUGGUGGCUACCGGCCGUACUACAGUGGACAGGAGCGCUACCAGGUCCGACUGGUCGGCGGAGCUAACUCCCGCCAAGGGAAUGUGGAGGUGCUGGUGAACGACUGGCGGCGGUUCCUGCGCGGCUGGCGGUCCGUGUGCGACAUAGGCUGGACCCAGGCGCACGCCGUCGCCGUCUGCAAACAGCUGGGCUUCCCGGGCGCGGCCACCCCCACGAGCAACGGCCGCUUCGGCUACCGCGGCACCGGAGUGGGCACCAGCGUUAGCCACUGCCAAGUGGGCCAGCACGGCCUCCGUGCCUGCUUCCACCAGGGUCUAGGCAACACUGGCGAGUGUAGCGUCAACAACCUGGCCGGCGUCAUCUGCGGCGCCGACACGUCCACGCCCUUCAACGGGCCCAUUUCAGUCCGCCUGCGGGGAGGAAGUCUGCAGGGCGACGUGCAGGUCAAAUACGAAAGAACGGGCUGGGGUCCCGUGUGCGGCGAUGGCUUCGGUUUGAAGGAGGCUACCGUAGUCUGCCGCCAGUUGGGCUUCGACGCCGCCGUUCGCAGCUACCUGAGCGGUCGCGACGCCGGUGGCCCCUUCAUUCUGGGCGAGGUGGAGUGCAAGAGCACCGAGAAGAACCUUGGCAGCUGCAGGUCGCGCCGCGGCAGGAGCGUCCGCUGCCCAGGCAACCGCUACAGCGGCGCUGCUGUCCAGUGCAGCAACAGAGACCGCUCCCCUCUCCCGGACCUGGUCAUUGACGCGGCAGAACUACAGUCGAGUGCCGUGGUUGAGGGCCAGCCAAUGGGCAGCCUCACGUGCGCUAUGGACGAGAACUGCCUUUCUUCGUCUGCGUACAAAAUCAGAGAGCGGGAACCCGCCACCUACAAGACCCGCAUUCGUAAGCUGUUCCGCUUCACCAACAAGGUGCAGAACAGGGGCAAGGCCGACUACAGGCCCCGCCGGGACCCGUCAGCAUGGCAGUGGCACAGCUGUCACAAGCACUACCACAGCGAGGAGUCGUUCUCCGAGUACGAUCUGGUUCGUCCAGGUACCAACACCAAAGUAGCCCAGGGACAUAAGGCCUCUUUCUGUCUGGAGGACUCCGAAUGCACACGGGGUAUCACCCCAAAGUACCGGUGCCGGCCAUCGAUGCGGGGCAAUCGCUUCCCGCAAGGCAUCCGGGCAGGCUGUGCCGACAUUUACGGCAGCUACAUCGACUGCCAGUGGAUCGACGUCACUGACGUUCCCUCGGGCACCUACGAUCUUCGGGUGCGGGUCAACGCCGACAGGGUGGUGCCUGAGAGCGAUUUCAGCAACAACCAGGUACUCUGCAGAGUGGAACUGGACGUGCGCCGCGAGAAGAUCAGCGUGACCAACUGCCGCAACACACCGCUCUGAGGCGGCCGCCAGACGGCGACAGCUGAGAAUGCGGACUAGGCGACGAAUGCGGACGGGUCCUGCAGACGGAGUACUAAACUUCAUUUGAAGCGGUGGUGACAGUGGUUGUGAUUUUUCGAAUCGGCUUUUCAGUCUUUUGAACGUUAAAUUUUUAGUGGAUUCCUUAUCUCAUCAGAACUUAAAUGGAUAUUGUGUGUUUGCAAAUGGCGAAAAUGUGGCACGUUUCCUUGCGAAAGAUGGGGUACCCCUUACGGCGUCGUUUGACUGACCGUUGAAGGUAAUAUCAAUAAUAAAACGCGUCUCAACGUGCUAAAACAUCCCACGUACGUUAUGAUGCAUUCAACUUAGAUGGAUACAUUCGAAUCAAGCCCAUGAUUAAAUACAUAAAUAGCGUUAAGAAA